AUGACAAAAGAGUCCAUCGCAAGCCGCAGCUCCUUUUUAGAUAUUGCAGGCUCAAAGCUGCGUUCUCGUUUGACAAGUCAGGUAAACGAGUCGGCUUCAGAAGGUGUAACCAGCAAGUUUGCAAGGCGUCACUUGGAAAAGUUAGGAUGGACAGAAGGAACUGGUUUGGGAAAGCGGCGAUCGGGGAUCACGACGCACAUCAAGGUGCAAAAGCGUGCUGAUGAACAAGGUGGUCUUGGAAAAUCUGUUGUGGAUGAGAAUCUGAAGAUUGGAAGCGAGUGGUGGAAGUCCAGUACUGGGGAUGUUCUUGCAAAGCUCGCCAGUAACAAGAAGAAAAAGAGCAAGAAGAAGGACAAGAAGGACAAAAAGAAGGAGAAGAAGGGCAAAGAGAAAAAGAAAAUAUUCACCGACGAAGAACUCUUCCAGGCAACUGGGGGUGCUCGCUUUGGUAUGAGACAAGGUGCCCGCCAGGAAGGGAAAUGGACGCGAACUGAAAAAAGCAAGACUCUGCGCAGUCAAGAGGAAGCUGCAAAACAGCAGGUUGAAUGGGAUGGAAAAGCUGCUCCAAAAGUCAUUCUAAAGGCGGAUAGUGAUGGCAAAAAGAAGAAAAGGAAACGGUCCCGAGACGAGGACGAGGUCGAAUCAUCGUCUGUUCAAGACAACUCAACUGAGGAACAGAGAAAGAGAAAACGAAAGAAAAAGGACAAGAAGAAGGAGUCAUGA